AUGGACGCUUUUGAUUUAUUUAAAAAAUUAUCCUCUGGAACGAAAUUUGACAAACGACGUUUUCGUACUGACAUUGAAAAAUUUAAAAUUUCAAAAUCAAAAAAUGAAGAAAUCACCAUCAAAACUGAGCCAGUUGAUCCAGUGCCUUCUUCUAAAAGAAAACGUGAUCAAGUAUCGAACGAUGAACAAAUUUCUGAGGGAAGUUCUUUAGUUUUACUCAAUGGCAUCAGCUUACCAGCUGAUGGGGUAAAAGUCAAGAAAAAUAAAAAAAUUAAAAUUUCUGAUGAAGAAAAAAAAAUAAUGCUCGAGCAAGAAAAGAUUAAUCGUUUGAGAAAUGAACAUCGUAUUUCAGUGAUAGGUAAAAAUGUUCCUAAACCAAUAAAAUCUUUUGAGGAUCUUAAAACAUUUUAUAAUGUUCCUGAAGAUCUUGUAAAAAAUUUAGCAGAGUGUAAUUAUUCCACUCCUACACCGAUUCAAAUGCAGGCUAUACCAAUCAUGUUAGAGAAAAGACCAUUGCUAGCUUGUGCGCCAACUGGAUCAGGUAAAACAGCGGCAUUUUUACUUCCAAUGAUUAAUCACUUGAAAGGUCCAGAAAAACGAGGUUUUAGAGCGAUAAUUUUGAACCCAACUCGAGAAUUAGCCAAGCAAACUUACCGAGAAUGUGUAAGACUGAGCGAAGGACGGGGUUUUAGGAUUCACAUUAUCAGUAAAGUAGAUCAAGCUCUGGAAAAAUACGGCCCAAAAAGCUCUCAAAAAUUUGAUAUACUUAUCACAACGCCUAAAAGGCUAUUAUGUUUGCUAAACCACGAACCACCAGCGGUCUCUCUACAAAAUGUAGAGUGGUUGGUUAUUGAUGAAGCUGACAAGCUAUUCGAAGCUGGUCCUCGCAGUUUUCGAAGUCAGUUGAAGCAAAUUUCUACUGCUUGUACCAGUGAAAAUCUGCGAAUUGCCAUGUUCAGUGCAACAAAUACCUUUAUAGUCAACAAAUGGUGCAAACGCCAUUUGAAAGGCUUAGUAAGAGUCACGAUUGGGCUGAAAAAUGCUGCCACUGAGCUUGUGGAUCAAGAAUUGUUAUUCGUUGGAAGCGAAAGGGGAAAACUUCUUGCUUUUAGAGACAUAAUUAGCAAAGGAAUGGCUCCCCCAGUUUUGUUAUUUGUUCAAAGCAAACAGAGAGCUAAACAACUGUUUGAUGAGCUUAUUUAUGAUGGAAUAAAUGUUGAUCUUAUUCAUGCAGAUAGAACACAGAUACAAAGAGACAAUGUCGUGAGAUGUUUUAGAGAAGGUAAAAUAUGGGUACUCAUUUGUACAGAACUUAUGAGCCGUGGUAUUGAUUUUAAGGGAGUAAAUCUUGUUAUUAAUUAUGAUUUUCCACCAUCGGCUAUUUCUUAUGUACAUCGAAUUGGACGAACUGGUCGUGCAGGGCACAAAGGAAAAGCUAUUACAUUUUUCACUGAAGACGAUACCACUAAUUUAAGAAGUAUUGCAGUAGUUAUGCGAGCAUCUGGGUGUGAUGUUCCGGAUUACAUGCUUAGAAUGAAAAAAUAUGAUAAACGUGAAAGGAAAAAAUUAGAAAAAGUCGCACCAAAACGUGAUUCAAUAGCUUCAAAACCUAGAAAACUAAAAAUUAAAAAAAAAGUUGGUGAAUCAACUCAAAAAUCACCUGAAUCAAAAAAAGACUAA